AUGGGCAAAUUGGGCAUCCGAAAACGGGGAACCAACAGAGGCCCGAAGCGGCCGAGCCCUGUGGACCAAGCCAAGGCGGCAAAGGAUGCAGGCCGCUGCGAUGAGGCCCUCGACUUGCUGCGAGCUGCUCUUGCCGGCCGGGGAGCACAGGUGGAGGUCGCAAAGUACGAGCUUGCCUUGCUUCUUUCCCAGCUCGGCCGGCACGAGGAGGCAGAUGACUGGCUACGACAGCUCGGCUUGACUUGGAAGCUGUGCCCAUCCGUGCUGGACGGGAGCUGCCUCAAAGGCCCGACAUGUCGAGGUGAAGCCAACUUAGUCGCCGCCUUUGACGAUGUGCUGCCGUCCGAGCUUCUGUGCUUGGUCCAAGAUGCCUUCAGAGCAGGAUCCCCGUUUUGGAAAGAGCACAAAUAUCCCACUCCGAGUUUCUUCUCCUACAAUGAGCCUCUGAUGCCAGAGUGCGCCGCUGAGACAGGGGCCCCGCUGAUCCGGGCAGUGGCAUCGCGUGUAAAAAGCCUGGCGGUGGCCAGCUUCCCUUCGAUCUUCGGUACCGAAGGCUGUGGCCGACAGGUCUCCUCAGUUGAGUGGUGGGCUCAUACGCGUCCUGCAGGAUCCGGCAGUGGCCACCAGCUGCAUUACGACCUGGACGAGGUGAGCCUUCCCACCUUGAAGGAGGGAUCCCUUCCGCAUCACCCGCUGGUGUCCUGCGUUCUGUACCUCAGCUGUGGCAGUGCAAGCACAGCUUCCACCACCAUCGUUACAGAUCAGACGCUGAACCCUGGCAGUCGUGCGAGGAGGGCAUGGCUGUGCGAGCCCAAAGUCAACCGAGUGCUACUCUUUGACGGGGGCCUGCUCCAUGGCGUCAUCCCCAACAUUGCCUUGCAGGCACACGACCCUGCGGAACCACCCGAGCCACGUGCCACACUGAUGUUGGGCCUCUGGGGUGAGCAGGGGCCAUGUGGCUCGCCAGCUCCAUCUCCGACACAGCCGUUGGGUCCCAACAUGCAACUGCCGCAAGGAGAUUCCUGGCCAGAACUGUUGCGAACAGUGACGGCAGAGGCCCCGGCCACCGCCACGCCGGCUGACCUCGCGGGCCCUGUGCAGCCUGUUUGGUGCCCAACGGGAGCUUCUGGAGCAUCUGACCUCGGUGUGGAGUUCAUCGGACGAUGGUUCCUGAGCCAUGACCCCGAAGGCUUGCAGGGCAUGGUGGGCGGAACCGGCCAAAUUGAUGUCGAGGAGGUGUCGAUGGAGGAGUUGCAACAGUUACGUGCUCUCGCAGAAAAGGCAAAAGCGCCACCCAUUGAUCCACAGACGCGGGCACCGACAGGUGGGAAGAUACUUUUCGACAUCACCGGACUGCUAGCCGCACACUUUGCAUCAAAAGAUGCAAGUCGGGUCGAUCGGUUGCGGAGAUUGCUUCGCUCUGUCGAAGAGCAGACGCUGUCUGUACCUUUGCUUGUAAGUUGGUCUACGGAGGAUGCGGAGGACCGGGCCUCCCAAGACGGCGUGGCCGAACGAGCCUCUGCAGUCAUCGAUGACUUCCAAAGAAGGGGCGUCAUCCAUGCGAUGCCCCGAUUGAGGGGUCGGCGGGCACAGUUCCAACACUACGCACGCUUGCGGGAAAGCUUGAAGCGUCACAUUCAAGCAUCGGAUCAGCCAUGGGUUUUCUUCUCGGACGACGAUGAUCUGUGGCAUCCACGCAGGGCUGAGGAGUAUCUAGCGGCGAUUCAGGACAGACCCGACGACGUGCCUGUAGUGCACUCAAGGAUCCACUUGUCACCUGGCCUUGGGCCGCGUCUGCCGCUGGAUGCCACAUCUGCAGAGGUGACGCGGAUGGAGGCCGACGGACUUCUUCGCCUGGCCAUCAGCGCAGAGGAGGAGAAGCCGGGCCUCUUCGGUACAGCAACCGGGGAGUAUUUCGACGCAGCGGCGAAGUUCGAAGUCUUCGAUGACUUUUUCGACCGGCACAACAACCGGGUUAUUGCGAACCAGUUCGCUGAUAUCCGCUUCAGAACACACCUCUUGCGGGGAGGUGCUGCUCGUGUCUAUCGCUUCUUGCCCACCGCUGGCUCCGGUUCUGCCCACAGUGGGCAUGAUCAUUUGCCCUGGAUGUAUUUCUACGACAGACCCACCAUGCCUUACAGCACGCCGCCCGGCGAGGAGGACCUGGAGUAUGUUUCCGAGGAGUUGCCUGAUCCAAAGCGCAUCGCAGGGCUGAGGCAGACGCUGGAUUGUGUGCUCUUCCAGUUGGCGCCGACUACCGGCCCCUUGGAGAUCACGGAGCAGGAUUUUGCCCAGAGCCUUGUCGGCACGUUGAACGAGGUUACACCGGCCAAUGUUGCCAUGGCACUGGAUCGCUGUCGAAAGCAUGGUGUCAAAGUCGUAAAGUGCCAGCACCUCUGUGAUCUCGCCCAGGGUGGGUGGAUCCGCUCUCUGGUCGGCAAAUACUCCGACGCGAAGGCGGAGACGGUGGAGUCGGCAGCCGCCCAGCGAGUGACAAGAACCCGCUCGGGCCUGGACUUUCGGGAGGAAUUUCCCAUGUACACGGUGCCUCUCUCCACUUUCAUGGAGCUCGUCCAGCUUUUGCCGCACGAAGACAUGAUGGAAGCGAAGCGUCUCACCAUCUUCGACGAGACCAUGGGGAGGGCGAUGUUUGUUUCGCACCAGUGGCUUGCGAGCCACCAUCCGGAUCCAGACAACGAGCAGCUACAGGUGUUGCAAGAGGCUCUAAGAAAUCUUCUGUCCGGAGUGGCCCAAGUAAGCCAGCCGGUUCAGUCCGAGAUAUUUCACGGCCGCUUGAAGUGUCCAACAGCAUCAGACCUGACAUCCGCACCUCUCUACAUUUGGUACGAUUUCCUGUGUUGUCCGCAAGAUACAUCUGAAUGUGCAAGUCGAAAUCGACAGCGCGCAAUUGGUGGCAUACCAUCCUACGUUUCGAAGUGCAAGCACUUCGUGGUUCUCUGCCCUGCACUGGCACAUGCUGAGCAAGGGGAGACUCUCUCAUAUGAGACGUGGACUGGCAGAGGCUGGUGUCGUGCUGAGAAAAUGGCCCAGGACCUUGCUGCCAGGAAUGACAGUUGCACUAUCAUCAUCGAGAGCCCGACUCAUGCGAAGUUGAACUAUGACCUGCUCAGAUCGCCCCCUGCGAUGGGAACAUUUACCGUUGAGUCCGACAGGACGCGGAUUGGGCACAUGCUGGUUCAAAUGAUCUGGAACAAGCUGUGGUACUAUCGGGAGGUAGGCGACCUCCACAACUACCGGCUCUUGUUGAACGAGCAAAAGUCGCGCUGGUUCCAGGGCCUCAGCAUGGACCCCAUUGACGGUGUGGUUGAAGGUUUCGUCACGGAUGCUGACCCCUUCAAUCAGCCGAGGGAAUUUGAGCUGGCGCGGUUCCUGCACCAGAACGGCUUCCGAAGUCCGCUAGAGAGGGACUCGGCCGGCUGGUCGCCGAUCAUCACCAAGCCCAAGAAGGAGCUGGCGAUGCCCAAAAGAUUCUCGCUGCUUUCUUUGGCUGCCGUGUACCACAAUCCGGAUGUCCUAUUGACGCUCCUAUCAGCAAGGGCCGAUGUUCAUGCGAGGGACGCGCGAAACUCCACCGCCAUCGUGUGGGCAUGUUGUGCCAAUGAUGCAGGUUCCAUCCGGUGCUUGUGCCAGGCACGGGCGGAUCCUUCCGAUCGUUGCAAUCCUAGCAUCAGCGCUCUUCAAGUAGCCUCGGCAUUUUCUGCCCUGGAUGCGAUGGCAGAGCUGAGGUCGCAGGCCCCUUCCUUAAGCCUGAAGUUCUGUCUACAUCAUGCCCUCAUGGUUCAAGGCGGCUUCUCUGAACCGCUCAGUUUCUUAAUCCAAGCGAGGGCAGAUGUGAAUGAGCAGUUCGAAGCCGAGGGGAAGAUGUGGUGGCUGGUGUUUAAGCUGGGAAGCUUCCGGCACAAGUUCAGCCCCUCGCGUUUGACCCUCUUGUCGUAUCACCACGCCGGAGCAACACCACUGAUGUUUAGCAUCCUCAGCGGUUACUUUGGUGUCGUUCCUCUCUUACUUGCUGCAGGAGCGAGGCUGGAUAUUCGAAACUCCCGGAACAGGACGGCAAGCGAUCUCGCCAUGGCAGUCCGAGCGCCCAAUCCCUUGCUCCAGAAGUUGCAGCAGGCUUCUACAGGCAAGCUCGAGACACCUUUCGCCGAAACGGCGGAGGACACUUUCUCUGUUUGA